UUGGCGCUUUGAACAAUCGACGUCAUCCGGCAGUACCAGCCCACUGCUGCUGUCCCAAAGCAAGCACAAGUCUGAACUUUUCUCAAAGCCGAUAGAUAACAAACCAGGUUGAUUAAGGAAAGAGUGCGAGUCAACUGCACUUUUAUACUCUCAUUAAGGUUAAUUGCAAGUGGAGUAAUGUCAUUUUGUUCCUUCUUCGGUGGUGAGGUCUUUAAAGACCACUUUAAAACUGGGUUAUAUGUGUGUGCCCAGUGUGGCCACCAGCUGUUCUCCAGCAGAUCUAAGUACGAGCAUUCCUCCCCCUGGCCUGCCUUCACUGAGACCGUCCUCCAGGACAGUGUGUCCAAGCACGAGGAGAGACCUGGGGCAUUCAAGGUCCGAUGUGGGAAGUGUGGAAACGGACUGGGUCAUGAGUUUGUGGGCGACGGGCCAAAGAAAGGACUCUCACGUUUCUGAAUAUUCAGCAGCUCACUGAAGUUCGUCCCUAAAGAUAAGGUAGAUGGACAGUAAGGUGAACAGCAGGGGUAUGGAGUCACAGUGGUGGUAGAGCAAUAGGAUUGUCUGGAGUCUCUGUGCUUCUGAAGGUGUGGAGGACAGUGGAUGAAGUGUCCUGUGAUAAAGCCCACUCUGGGACCUCCAGGACACUGAUGGUCAAUGUCUUCACUGGACAAGUACAGGGGAACUCCGACCAAAUAGUCAGCUACAUAAUGCAGUAAUGCACAAUCAUAAUAUAACAAUGAUACACAAUCAUAACAAUAAUACACAAUCAUAAUAUAACGAUGAUACACAAUCAUAACAAUAAUACACAAUCAUAAUAUAACAAUAAUACACAAUCAUAACAAUAAUACACAAUCAUAACAAUAAUACACAAUCAUAAUAUAACAAUAAUACACAAUCAUAACAAUAAUACACAAUCAUAAUAUAACAAUAAUACACAAUCAUAACAAUAAUACACAAUCAUAAUAUAACGAUGAUACACAAUCAUAACAAUAAUACACAAUCAUAACACAGACAGGUACAAGGAGUUACACGAUUACACAAAGAUAUUCUGUCACUUAAUCAUUGUUUUAUUUUUUAUCUUAACAUUGUCAGUGAAAUGGGGGAUCACUAUGUAGCCUUCAUAGUGUUGAAUGUAACUUCAAGAUGUCCUAAUUUAUAUAUAGUAGUGAAAGCAAACAAAAGUGUUUCAAUCUACCAAUGUAUGUUAAUCAGUUCUAUCAAUGAUGUUAUGAGCCUCUUAAAGAUUUUAUUUACAUCACUAUCUAUCGUUUUAACGGUCACAAUGUGUAAUACGCAAACAAAAAGAGAAAUGAAACUGAGCAAUAAAGAUAUACUUUUAUAGAAGA